AUAGGACAGAAGCAUUAAUAUUGCUAUAACUAAUCAUGAUCUUCUAUUUUGCAAUAUUUUUCCCAUUUGUACUCGUUUCGGCCAUUUCAAGUGGUCGAGUUGACCUUCUGGUGUUUUCGUCGGUGGAAACAUCGAGAUUUGGAGUGAAGACGGUCAAAUUUCGAGCACUAAACGAAGAAAUAGAACUGAAAUUAGAACCUGCUGGCGAAAUAUUGGCGGAAAACUUCGCACUUCUUGAUGCGAACAAUCGAAUACUUGACUCGUUAAUGAAGACGGCAGCAAGGUGUUAGAAGUGUUAUGAUGUGUGCAUUUCUGUACGACAAAUCUACAUCUCUG